UACGAAGCCAUCGAUAGUGGCUAGUGGUGGUUAACAUCAGCGGUUCGCCAUAUCCAAUUUCAUCUUAACCAGGUAAAAGAUUGAAACUCCAGUCGCCAUUAGGUGACGCGCGGAAACGAAAAGGAAACCAUGGCGCUGGCCAUCAAAAAGCGCUUAGGCACCUACGUGGAAACGGUGGACGGGGCGCCGGCGGUGAAGAAGCUGCGUCUGCAAACACUGGCCGCCGAUGCAAAGGCCGGGAAUUUCGGAAAAGUGGGCAAUGAAGAGCGCAAGCUAACGGCGCUCAGCCAACUGGACGCCUAUGUGGGCAACCUGCCCGCCGGAUCGUUGGUCCUGCCCACUGGGGCACCUGUUGCUCUAACGGGCGCCCCGUCCUCCGCUGCCCUCGGAAAUCAGCCGGCCGCGGCGACGGGAGCUCCCCAAAUGACCGCCGGCAACAGCAGGGAACUGCUGGAGCUCUUGGUCAAGAUCACCGAUGAGAUAUCCUACGAGGACGUGGAAUCGGGCGAGCUUAACGAUGUGGCCAACAAGAUCUUUCAUCUGUAUCAGCUGCAGGAGCGCGAUAGCGACACCUCUAUCCGGGUGAAGCUGCUCGAACUGCUGUCCGGAUUGGGAUGCGAGUGUGCCACCGAGCAGGAGGUGACCCUGAUCAUCGGCUACUUGAUCUUCUUGCUGAGGAAGGAAGUGUCCCAGAAGGUGAUCGCCCAGGGCAUGAUGUGCCUGUUCCGAAUCGGAGAGCGCAGAAAGCAUGUGGUGCCCAUCUCGUACAACAAGCAGGUGGCCCAUCUGGCCAAGGAGCAGCUACGCUCCGGUUCCACGCAUACACAAAAGAACGCCAUGCUGGUGAUCGGUCGGUUUGCCACCAAAAUGGAGGGCGAGCGUCAUUACGUAUGGAAGUUAGCCUUCUACAUUGACUCCCAGGACUCGGGCGUUCGUGCCCAGGCUCUGCACGUGCUGCUGACCCUCGGCGAGCGGGGAUCCCUGCUUCCGGCGAAGCUCUACAAGCGUGCCGUCGAGGCCAUGAAGGAUGACUACGAGUGCGUGCGCAAGGAGGCCUUGCGGCUGGUCUUCAUGCUGGGGAACCGGCAUCCAGACCACAUUAUACCCUCGGACCGCCAGCAGGAGGAGCUCCGCAUGAUAGAUGCUGCCUUCAGCAAGGUCUGCGAAGCCCUGUGCGAUCUUUCGCUGCAGAUACGUGUGCUCGCAGCGGAGCUGCUGGGUGGGAUGACCGCCGUCAGCAGGGAGUUUCUGCACCAGACACUAGACAAAAAGCUGAUGAGCAAUCUGCGCCGGAAGCGGACGGCGCACGAGAGAGGUGCUCGCCUGGUGGCCAGCGGUGAGUGGUCAUCGGGUAAACGGUGGGCAGACGAUGCGCCGCAAGAGCAUCUAGAUGCUCGGAGCAUCUCGAUAAUAGCCAGCGGAGCCUGCGGCGCUCUUAUCCAUGGCCUGGAGGAUGAGUUCCUGGAGGUGCGUACUGCGGCCGUGGCAUCCAUGUGCAAGUUAGCCCUCUCCCGGCCGGAUUUUGCGGUGACCAGCCUGGACUUCCUUGUCGACAUGUUUAACGACGAGAUCGAGGAUGUGCGAUUGAAGGCCAUCUACAGUUUGACGGCCAUUGCCAGGCACAUAGUGCUGCGCGAGGAUCAGCUGGAGAUAAUGCUUGGUUCGCUUGAGGAUUACUCGGUGGACGUGCGCGAGGGACUACAUCUCAUGCUGGGCGCCUGCCGAGUGUCCACACAAACGUGCCUGCUAAUGGUGGUGCAAAAGCUGUUGGAUGUGCUGGCCAAGUAUCCGCAGGAUCGGCACUCCACCUACGCAUGCAUGCGCAAGAUUGGCCAGAAGCAUCCGCACUUGGUGAUGGCGGUCGCCGUCCACCUGCUUUACGUGCAUCCCUUUUUCGAAACGCCCGAACGCGAUGUCGAGGAUCCAGCGUAUCUGUGCGUCCUUAUACUCGUCUUUAAUGCGGCGGAACACCUGGUGCCCAUUAUCAGUUUGCUGCCCACGGCCACCCAUCGCCAUUACGCCUAUCUGAGAGACUCGAUGCCGCAUCUGGUGCCCCAGUUGCCCAUCGAGGGUGCGUCUUCGGCGAGUGCCACGCACAGAAUUGAUUCGGCCGUGCGCCAAGCGGGCAGUUCAGCGGAGUAUCUGCAGAUGAUUCUCAGUCACAUCGAGGAGAUCUUCACCAUGACUGACGAGCGUGUGGAGUUACUCCAGACUGCCCAGUCCAAUCUGCAGCGCCUGGGAGCCAUCGAUGCGGGCAUGUACGGCACCUCUAACUUUCUGGAGACCUUCUUGGCGGCCCAGAUCCAGAUCGAGCAGAUGCAGCGUUGCGCCAGCACGCAAAGGAGCAGGGUUCCCUUGAAGGAAUCGCUGGCAGCACUCAUCCGGAACUGUCUCAAGCUGCAGCACACGUUCUCCGGCCUCAAUUACGGAGAUAUCUUGCAGGUGAAGCAGCUCCGCUUGAGGGCUUGCGCCCUGCACUUGGUCCUCGUGGUCAGGGAUCGCUCGCAAAGUGCCUUGGGCCCGUGCCAGAUGCUUUUGCAAACCGCCGGCGAUAUAAGUGAGUUCAUCAAGGCGAAUACAAAGGAUGAGGAGGAGAAGCCACCGAUGGGAGCUUUGCCAUUAAUAGAGCCCGAUGUAUCGAUGAAAGAGCCGGUCAGUAGAGAUGCCCAGCCGGAUAGCUUCACACGUCAGUUGCUAAGCAAACUGGAUGGCAUAUCGGAUCCCAAGCCGGGCCGCGUUUUUCGUGAGAUUCUGCCGCUGGUCCAGCAGGCUCCUCCGCUGGCAUUGCCACCCGCCAAUGACAAAAUACGCCGCUGUGUGGCUAACAUCCUCGAGCCGUGCCCGCUGCAAUCGCAGGAUAAUGUGAUUAAGGUCACUGCCGGCCUGAUAGCUGCCGUUCCCUUUGUGGCGGAAAUCGACAAUCUGCUGGAGUCCCAAAAGGCGGACAUGAGGAUCAAGAUCAAGUAUCCGGACCAGCACAUGCACACGGUGGUGCCGAAGCAGAGUGACUUCAAGCCCAUUAUGACGGAGCAGGGGGAGCACGAGACCAAUGUGCGCCUGCGCACCACAAUCCUGCUGUCGCACAGCGUUUGGACGGAGUCGUCUCUGGUGGAGAUCCAGCUGUGCCUGGCCGUACGUCCCGGCAGCGAACUGGAGCUCUGCAAGCCGGCCAACGUGUUGUUCGCACCCAAACCAGUCAGGCGCGGCAUUUAGCCUGACGCCCAGGGAAUGGACUAGGUGCUUUCUGGCCAGGAAGCGGGGAGUGAGAAGCUGACAAGGCCACACAGCCGCUGGAGGAGCAGGAGAGCCGAGGGAAGCGGGGCACAGAGCAACUGUAGUUAAUACAUGUAUGUGGUAUGUGAUUGUCUAAGAUAGCAGAGCAGUUGGAUAGCAAAGUAUUUCGUAAAUCCAAAAGCCCCAAUUAUUUCAGUUGUUUCAAUUGUGCAUAUAUCAUAUGUAUGAAAAGAUUUCAUUUCAAAUAAAGUGUACACGACAAAU